UGACCAAUAGAGAGAGUAAGAGAAAGAGGGAGUGACUGCUGGAUGGAGAAAGAGAGAAAAAAUCAGCAGCGUUGUGUUUUUUUCUCCUAAUGUGGUAAAGCUCUGUUCAAAGAGAGAGUGAGAGAGAGAGAGAGAGAGAGAGAGAGAGAGAGAGAGAGAGAGAGAGAGAGAGAGAGAGAAAGGGGUUUCCUUCAGCGUCCACUCUGUCUGCACAGCCCUGGAUCAGACUGACCGGCCCAGAGCAGGAGAUAUUCCAGAGUCGCAGAAGGGCAAGUCAAGCUCAAGUUUGAAAGUUUUUCACGCAGUCAUCCUGCCUGAGUGCAUCUCAUCAUGGCGAUAGUUUUCCGCUCCUCUCCACUGCUGUGGACACGUGUGGCGGCCAUGGUGUUCGCCUGUGUGGCCUUCAGCGUUGCCCUGUACGGUGCCGCCCUCCCCCAUGGCACAGGUGACUGGUGCAUUUUCUGCUGGAGCUUCAGCUUCGCCGGCACACUCCUGGUGGUUCUAGUGGAGCUCUGCGAUGUCCAGGGCAGAGUCCCGGUCUCCUGGAAGAACUUCCCCAUCACUUUCGCCUGCUAUGCCUCUCUUCUGUGCCUUUCUGCCUCCAUCAUUUUCCCCCUGUACUUCUUGAAGGGCUACAGCGACCGCAGUGAGAAAGUCAACUGCCGCAUUGUCUCCACUGUCUUCUCCUGCCUGGCCACCCUGGCCUACCUGAGCGAGGUCAGCCUGAGCAAGGCCCGACCAGGAGAGGUGUCCGGUUACAUGGCUACUGCUCCCGGUUUGCUGAAGGUGUGCGAGACCUUUGUGGCCUGCAUCAUCUUCGUCUUCAUCAGCGACCCGAUUUCAUACAACCAGAAUGCUGCCACCAAGUGGUGCCUGGCUGUCUACUGCAUCUGCUUCAUCCUGUCGGCGGGCAUCAUUGUGCUUUGUGUUGCCGAGUGGACCGGAUGCCUGCCGUUCCCUUUCGCCCGUUUCCUGUCCACCUACGCCCUGUUAGCCGUAGCCAUGUACCUGUCGGCGACCAUCGUCUGGCCCAUCUACAAGUUUGAUGAAAAGCAUGGAGGCAUAAGCCACAGGCCCAACAACUGCGGCUCCAUGUUAGGCCUGUGUCCAUGGGACAAGUUGCUGGCAAUCGCCGUGCUGUCCGCUCUGAACUUCAUCCUCUAUCUGGCUGACCUCAUUUACUCGGCCAGGCUGGUGUUUGUCACAGUGUAACCCUGGUGUUUUUGUUGUGGUUGUUCUUAUUUCCUCACUGUUUGGGCUCAUAGAGUCCCCUAUGCUGUAUGUGUUUCAAUAAUAACCUAGUUUUGCCUUCAUUUUUGUUUUAAUAUUAUACUAAAGGAACCAAUAGAUAGAAAACUAAAUCUCAACCUUUUCCAAAAACUGGCCACCAAAAUUGGACCAUAAUUGCAGGAGAACCCUGAAAUUGUGUCUUCGUUGUGUAGUCCACUCCCUACCCAUGUUAGGCACUCUGGGUCUAAAGUCUAGUCUACCCUUUACACUUUACCUGAACUACAACAAAACAUCAUACAUUUAAUUUCCUCUGUCACAGAAUUAUCCCAGGACUAAUGAAAUCUACAAUGAUGGCAUUGUAAAUACAAUUUAUUGCAUCACAUCUAUGAAAUCAAUAAAAACAAAACUAAAAAGCACUUAAAUAUGUAAAACCUUCAAUUUAUCGGUUUAAAACAAUUACGCAAUCAGAAGAUUUGUCCAUGCUUUUAUAAGGAUGACAUUUUGAAUACGUAAUGUAUUUCUUGUAUUAUGCAAAAGAAGUUCUCAAGUUUUCACAAUUCCAUGUAUCAGAGAUAAAAAAAAAUCUUCACUAUCUAUCCCUGUGGUAAAAACACACAGUCCACACACCAUACAUGUAGACCUGCGUACACUAUUAUCUUGAAUGUCUUUGAAUCCUCUUUGAAGUUUACACCCUGGAAAGGAGCUAAAAAAUGACAAUCCUACAUGCUAUGCUAACACUGUUGUUAGACAGCAACAACAUAAGACCUUUAAAUAUCCAAACAAGACCAGUGAGCUUUGUUCAGUGUGGGAGUUGUGAAGCAGCAAAUCCAUUCUACACAGAUUAAUUUUACCCAAAUUUGGCAGAUGCACUGUAGCUAAUGCAAUCAGUUUAUUUAUCACAAAACUACUGUGGCUGUGGUUUAGUCCACAAGGCUUUAACUAAACUAAAGCAAUAGCUAGCUAAACUGAAACUGUCUGUAUUACCAACAGUUAGCAAUCUACAGCUAGCCAGCAAAACUGCUACCCAAAGCUUAGUGGAUGUUUAAUAUAUUAUACUUAACUUCAACCUCUUUUUAACCUCGUUUUGGGGGUCAAAUAAUAGAACUUAUGCUAUUGAAAGCUGUUUACAUUGGCAGAAAGAAUUUUGCAAAAAUUUAUGGGUGCAACCCACAUAUUCAGCUCUACUACUCAUCCUACAAAUGCAUGUUCCUUACAAAUAUGGUUCCAUUUAAAAGGGAAAGCAAUAAUAUAAUUGUUAUUGCCAAAAAGCAUUGUUACAGCAAAGAUGUAAUCUACUCAACACGAAUUUCCUUAUUUUUGUGCUAUGUUCGUGUUUUUACCACAGGAUAUAACAGUGGAGAUUCUUUUGCUAACAUCCAUAGUUCCUAAUAUAAGAACAAUGUAGACUUUGGAAUUAGACACUCCAUUAGAUGCAUAUUAUUACACUGUUAAUUAUGUUUUUUUUAUUGUUUAUCUUGGAUUAUAUUGUUUGUAAACACAUUUUGCUUUAUAGCAAUAGUUACAUCUUUGUAGAAUAAUAAUUAGCAAAAGGCAACAGUAUUAUACUAAUAAAUCAGUGUUAGGUGUGUUAAGGAGCUGUUAUGGAAGGUCUGGGGUCUCCAGGACCUUAAACAGACAACACGGGUUAAAAUGGUUGGAGUGAAGAGUGUGUUAAAAGCCUGGCUCAUUGCCAGGGAGGCAUCUGUAGUGUUAUGGUUAGUCUAAACCAAAGCUCUGUAAAGGUCAACAUCCGCAAGGCUAGUGGCCUGGUGGUCCACAAGAUAAUCUGUCGGUAGGCUAUUAAAAUCAUAUUUUUGAUGUGUUCUCAGUGCCUUAUUAUGUCAGGGCCCUCAGAAUUCUAACAAUAAAAUGUUGAGAUAUUUUGAGCUUAUUGGUGUGAAAAUAGCGAUUUCUUUGCAUGGAAACUGCUUUGCCCCUAUCACUAGCAUUGUUAGCCUGUUGGGAGCAUUGGCUAAAAUGCUGUAUUUGUGAAUGCUGGGGGAAAGUAGAGGUGUUUCACAAACCUUCAUACUCAUUAUCAUGUUUCACUAGUAAACCCCAAGUCCAUUUCACACCAGAUUUCUAACUUAAAGCAGUAUAUUAAGUGAACCAUUGGCCAUGAGUCCAGUUCUACUCAAACAAGAAAUGCCUGAACAAUAAAUGAGGUGUUUUUUGUUGUUGUUGUUUUUUAGUAAGUGAUUAUUUCUUUUAUAGCUAUGUAAGUUUACAGUUUAGUGCAACAUGCUGUGUUUGUCACCUUUCAGCAAUCAUACAAUACCAAAGAAGCUUUGAAAUAGAAUUUACAGUGCUUUAAAUUCAGGUAGAAUUUCAACUGUUGCUCAGACGGGCUCAGAUGAGAUAAUCAUAGAUGUGUAGGAUAGAUAUUAUUAAGUGGUCUUUAUGUUUAUCCAUUAUAUCAAUAACAUGCAGGAUAAUUUACUUACAUCAAAUCCUCUCUAUGAUACUUGACUAUAUGAAUAUUCAACAUGUAACACUGGUGCUUACUGACUAGUGCAUAAAGUACAGGCCUGUGGUUAAGGUUCUGCUCAUCUUAUAUUAUCUUGUCUCGACUUGAAUUACUAGAAGUUGAAUUAUAAUGGCGAACUAAGUGUAUAUUCUGACAUAUCAUAGAUCAUAUAUUCAAUUAGAAAUAUUAAGCAGCGUUAAACCUGUUGAUGGCAAAUUAAGUAUGUUUUGCUUUUCAACUCAGCAAAAAUAAACAAAUGCUGAAAUCUUUUAAA